AAUAUAAAUAGACCCCCUGGAGAUGAAGAUUGCAUUCAUUCUGUUGGCUUUAUCCAUGCCAUAUACGCAUACGCACGCCUUUGAAUUGAAUUUGGGCCUGUUGAAACCCCCUGGGGAGAUUCCCUUCAAAGCCUGCCUCACUGAUGGCGGCAUGCGAUCGGGCUACUGCAUAGAUCUGUCGCUUAAGGAAUUCACCGUUCCCGACACAAAUGAGACAAUUGCCAAUAUCCAGUGCCGCGUGUUCGCCAAAUAUCGCAAUUGCAAGCCACCGGCCAAGUGCUGCACCGAUGGCUGGGACUACACCUACGUGGUGAAAACAGACCAUUAAAUGGGGUGGGGAUAAUCCCAUUAAAUUCGUAUUAAAUUUACACGCUUUCAGUGUCA